GCAACACGAGCCGUCCCUCGCCGCAACAUGUGGUGGCCAGGCGCUCAGUUUAUCGCGACACAUGACUGCCGUCGCGCGCGUGACCAAAGGCCAUCUCUGCUGCUACAGCGAGGAGAGACAGGUGUCCGUUCGACGCGACGUAACUAGUGCAGUGGCUCGCGCAGCAUUCCUGUAAAUCUUCUAGGCGCGUCAGGCGUAGAAAGUGUACCGUACUAGUAGAAUCCCGAGGAAAACAUAUAAAGAACGGGAGAAACGCAUUAUAUCAAGUACGGUUUAACUAUGUCGGAAGGAGUAUCAUAAGAUCCAUUAGUAUAUUUGUUCGUACGUAUCACAACUACUCCCGUGAUAGGACCGCAUCACUCGUAGAAUAUUUUUGUUAGGUUUGCUGUGGCUUGAUCGGUAAAACAUCCAGUCACUCAUGUGCCAUUCCAUGUUUGGCUAAGCAACUGUCGUAAUCUACUAAUCGGAUUUCAACGUUGCGGACUGUCAGUUUCCAUUUCAUUUCCACGAAACAUAAUUCUCGACUCUAUAAACACAUUGAAAUUUUAGUCGUCAGUUGUCCGUAUAAAAAUACAGACAUCUGUUUCUUCAUCAUGUUUAAAUCGCGUGAAAUUUUUAAUUAUCCGCUACAAUGUUCCGUUUGGCGUACAUAAUUGAAGUCUGUUGGGAAACGAUACGUUCUGAGUGCUAGUUUUCAACGUGUGUCUGUCAACUGUUUCUGGUCGACUGUUCGAACUUGAGAACGUUAUCGAUUAUUUUGUUGAUUUGAUUCGGCUGAUGCUUUUAAUGAACCUCUCUGGAGAAGGAGUGGCAGUUUCCCACGCCGCAGCCCUAUGGAAUCACCUGUGACAGCUCGGUGAGCGAUUACACGAGAUAGCAGCCUUAUCACAGUAGUCUGAGAGGCUGGUUCUUCGUUCACUUGAUUAACAGCGUAACGGCUAGUGUCGAACGUUUUUAUUACUGACCUCGUCGAGACACUCGCAAUGACGUGCACGGCAUUUCUUCAGAAAUGGAAACUGCUCACUUUCUUCAUUCUGCUCACUGUUGCACACUCAUAUGUGGAGGGUUCCUACAGCGUCCGUGAUGAUGAGGGCUGCCAGGAGAGAUCGUGCAGCACGUGCAGCAGGUCGCCGGCGUGCACCGUCAACCACUCGUCGCGAGGGGGCGCCACGCACAGGUGCUCCGCUGUCGAGGCGCCGGGCAGGCUUCCGCGUCCGGCCGCCUGGCUGCUUGUGGCGCUGCUGUCUGCGAUCGCAGGCGGCACUGCCUGCUGGCUCGCCAACCUACUGGCGCCACCGCCUGGCUGCGGUCGCAAAACGUGCAGGCAGCGCUCUCCACGAGAUCACCAGCUUCCAGCAGAUACGUCGGGAACUCGUAACAGGACUGGACGACAGGCGCAGACCGACAUGCCAGGCAACAGCCAACUCGGUGCCACAUGACUACCACCAUCUGGUCCUUGUCGACCACUUGGCAGUGGCGUCAAAUCGAUGAAUAUGCAGUGUUCGUCAAUGCGAUGUAUACUGGCUGCGUCCUGUAGGUUACGGCUCUAUUUAAUGUCACAUAAUCAGAAGAUUGCGUAAAAUCACUCAUCAUUAAAUCCUUUACAAUGAC